AUGAGGCUCACACUCAUCCCUCACUCUGGUCUCACAAAGCAACUCAGCUCGAUCCAUCCCCAACUCAAGCGCCAGCCGGCACUCAUGCCCCUCAAAGAACUCCUCCCGAACCAAGCAGAACCAGCCGAGAAACCUAGAAAAACAGCCAACCAAUCUACUAUCACCGGCUUCCCAUUCGCCGACCGGGCCCAACCACCCCAUCUUGCUGCCCAGUCAUACCACUCAAAUCAUCUCGAUCAACUCCCACCAUCCCUGCCCGAUCCUAAGCCGCUCUCAAACUUCCUACAUUCCUUAGAGACCCAAGACUUUCAGGCAACCCUCCUCAGCUUCAACCGACUAUCCGCUCAUCAGAAAUCUCGCCUAUCAACUCAUGUUUACGACUCCUUAUUUUCCUUGGCCGCUCGAAUUCUUGAGGAGGACAAAUUCAUGCCCGACGUGCACCAAGAUGAUGGCCCCCGGAGCUUAUCUAUCAUCGACUCAGGAACACAACAGCAACCAUACACGAUCGAUUACUGUAAAAUCCAGCAGCGCUUAGUCAGAGUCGAUCAGCUCUUUCAGUCCAUCCAACGCGCUCUAUCAACCGAACAACUGCAUCUCUAUCUUCAAAAUACCAUCCUCUCUGCGGCCCUCAGCUUGCGAAGAGCUUACCAAUCAUCAUCCAAGAACCAGCCUACAGACGAGCAUUCCAAAGAACUCUUUCUACAGUCACGCCAACACAUCUCGAGUAUUAUCCAAAGGCUCCCAGCACUAUCUCAGAUACCCAUCCCAUCCGCCGAUCAGCUAGCCCAGGCGAUCCCAUUCGAAACCCUCGGCCUCUACGCUCGGUUUCUCGUCGUCUUCCAUCAGCCCAAUCAAGGCCUCAAGUUGAUGCGCAAGGUUUACUAUGGAUAUCUGAUCGGUCGACGGCGGAAGAUGCUAAUAAAAGAAGAGUGCCCAGAAGCCAGUGAUGAUGAAGGCCUCCGUUCGGCCAUCGAGACCGGCUCAUUAAUCAUCUCACUCUUACGCCAAAAGAUUCAUCACCGACUGGCUGCGCUCAAGUUGGCCGUCCGAAUGAUCACCAUCGGCGGGCUCUAUCCCGAUCAGUUCCAUCUGGCCAGUCUACUCAGACGGAUGUACAUGUCCAAACCAGAGUGGGAUUCAACGCUCGAAUUCUUGGCCCAUCUACCAGACCGAUCGGCCUCCCGGUGGUUAGAAACUCGAGUGGCAAUCGUCGAAGCUGAAGAUGGAAGGGUAGAACGCGUCCUCCACUUAUCAUCCCGAGCCUUGGAACUACCAUCUCGAUUACAGGGGGAUUUCUUGGCUCCCGCCUCAAUCAGCCCAGAGAUCUUUAUUCAUGCUAUCCAAGCAUUGGCCAAUAACUCGCAAGAAACCCAGGGUACAAAUCUUCCCGCAGGUUUGCGCGGGGCCAUAGCAAUUCGGACGAGGAUGGUCGAAUUGGGUAUGCUGCCUGACUCAGAAGCGGACGACCUGAUCCUUCGGCGGAUAUGCAGUGUUGCUCGAGGGAUCAAGUCAGCCGUCAGCAGACACGAGUUCCUCUCGGAGAUGAUUGGAGGAAUGUUCCCGACUUCGAAGAUCGUCCCGAUCAGAUCAGAACCCUUGCGGAGUUUUAGAUUUAAUUCACAUCCAGGGAAGUCACCGGAGGCGUUCAGAUUGAUGCGAUGGUUGAUGGAGUCCAACGAGCUCGAUCUCUCGCUACAUGUCUUCCAAUCGAUCUCCCGCUACGGCUAUGUCAGCAGUCUCACAGCCAUCCCGUUCUCCUAUCUCAAGCGCCUGCUGGAGAAGGCUCUGUACAGCCAUCCCGAGCUGGCCAUGGAGCUCUACCAACACUUGCACAUGUCUGGCUCAGACCGGUCGGGCGAGCUAUUCAGAGCCGUGAAGGCCAAGGCGAUCGCGAUGGGCGACGAGCGGCUGGCGGAGUAUCUCCUCAAGAGCUCAGACGACCAAGACCGGGCUCGGCAAGCGGCUCGGAUCACUAGCUUUAUUGCUGGCUUUGCCAGACGAAGAGCCGCCCCAGGAAACGUUUCCAAGACGCUAUCUCUCUUUGAUUCGAUAUGGGUCCGGUGGUCAUCCGCGUCCAUCGAGCCCACCGUCUGGGCAGCCCUCUCUGACCAAAUCCUGCGCCUCGGCCCAGUCAAACUGGCCCAGCGUCCCGAACUCAGACCGCAGAUCUACCAGCUCCUCUGUCGAUUAGACCAGGCGGUUGAUCUCGAGCUUGCCGAGCAGAUUAAGACCAAGAAAAACAUAAUCGAAUGUCUCGAAGUUAGUCAAUUGAUCGAACCGCACCUUGACCAUCCCGUUCCCGCCGAUCUUGAUUCCCCACAACCCACACCGCAGCCGCCACCCGAUCGUCAGCUUUCGGAUCGACAAAGCAAAGAGCCCAAAAGUUUGGUACCAGCUGAUCAUCUCCUAUCAAUCCGCACCUUUGAAGACUGGAUCGACGAAUGUUUACGCGAGGGGAAACUGGAUCGGGCGGUUGAAGCGAGCGAAAGAGCGUUAGAAAUCGAGACGAUGGUCUCGGGACCGACGAUUGGAAGACUGUUGAACAGCUUGGUCGACCAACUCCUUCUCCAGCUCCAGCACACCAAUGACCAUCUACCUACGAAUAUCGAUCAUCUCACUGUCCUCAAGAUUAAUCAGGAUUGGAGAGCCCUCGCUUGGAAAGUUAAUCCCCAUCUUAGAGGCCUCGAUUCCGAGGUCGUCAGAGCUAUGGAUAGGCUCUACAAACUCAUCAAAUAA